GGGGGCAAGCGGGGAAGGAGCCAGGACAAUGACUGCAGGCUGUGAGAAGUUCAGGCAUCUCUGUGUUCCUCUCCACCCUCCUCCCAGCCAGAGGAGACCAGAUUAAAGACACCAGUGUCAGUUCCUAGCUGGGAGCCCCAGCCAGCUGUGUGGCCGCUUAUACAAGUGGCUCUCGUUGGCAAAGGGAAUGCUGUCUCUAAAAAUCAGCCCACUAUGGGAAGUCUCGGGUUAUGGAUCCCAGCAGUGGCUUGAACGGAAUUCUCAGCGCUCCCGACCCUCCUCCCAAAUGUAAGGUCAGGAUGAAGUUUUCAGCCGCGGGGCCAGCAGGGGCUACUCUGUUCCUGGGGCUGGCAGCCCUGAUCUCCAGCCAAGGAGGGGAGGAGCUGGACCUGGAGUUGGAUAUGGGGACCUGCGUGAUGGAUCCCGUGGUUGGUGAGGAUGCGGCUUUCUGCAGGGGCGGCUUGGAAGUUAUUUACCCAGAGCUGGGCGACGUUGGCUGCCUGUAUAUUCCCAGAUGUAACAAUUACAGGGAGAGGAUCAGCAAGGAGUGGAACGAACCCUCUGUUAGAUUCCCCCAGGCCCACCCGAAGAAGAAGUAUGUCCUGAUGAUGGUGGAUCCAGAUGCCUACAGCAGAGCUGAUCCUAAAUUUCGCUACUGGAGACACUGGCUGGUCACUGAAAUCCAAGGCAGUGAUCUGCAAGCUGGGAAGCCCAAGGGCCAUGUGCUGGCAAAAUAUUACCCUCCCGGUCCACCCCGCCGCAGUGGCUACCACCGUUACCAGUUCCUCGUCUACGAGCAACCGGCCCAUGAGACCAUCCUCCUGAGCUCCAACAAAUCUGCGUUCAGAGCAAUUCCACCUUGGUCUGGGGCCCAAGUGCCCACCCCUAUUGCCAUCACUGCUGUUGCUGCCCACCACCACUUUGGUCUGGCUAAGGUGACUGCAGUGCUGGCAGCCAGCUGGGGUCUCCCGGCAACCACUGCUCCCCAUCCACUCAACCACUGCAGCCCAGCCCUUCCUUCUGGGACUCAUGGGAGUGACCAGGGCAGCUGGAUGAAAUCACCACAUGAGGCCUGGAAGGAUCAUAUCAGCUGAAACACUGUGACCAUGGCGGCUGCUCCUAGCGCCAUCACCAUCGCAGCAGAAGGGAUCUCUCCCGCCGUCCCAGCUGACCACAGGAACCUAGUCCCACCGAAGGCCUUUUGGGUGCUGAAUCAGAACUCUAAAUAGCAGGAUCACACUAAUAUCACACUAGGCAAGCUAAGCUGCCUAGUCACCUCGAGCCGGGAACUCAGGCAAGGACAAGCAGAGUUCGAGCUCCCUUAGCCCUCGCCCCGGGAUAUUUGCUUUUGGAUUUUUUUUGGUAAUUCCUACUAGUAAACAGGCCCCUGGAGCAUAAUAUAAAGUAGAGGUGGCCAAGCUCCUGAACUGAAUAAUAAUAACUGUGGUAUUGUUAAGCCCUUACUAUGAGCCAAACGCUAAACUAAGC